AGGAGGUCAAGGUGCAACUUUCUUCAGUUGUCCCGAAUCCAGGUUCAUCCGACACCAGCCGCCUCCACCAUGCCGCCUAAGUUCGACCCCAACGAGAUCAAAGUCGCCUAUGUGAGGUGCACCGGUGGGGAAGUCAGUACCACGUCUGCCCUGGCCCCCAAGAUAGGCCCCCUGGGUCUGUCUCUAAAAAAGGUCGGUGAUGACAUCACCAAGGCAACUGAUUGGAAGGGUCUGAGGAUUACAGUGAAACUGACCAUUCAGAACAGACAGGCCCAGACUGAGGUGGUACCUUCUACCCCUGCCCUGAUCAUCAAAGCCCUCAAGGAACCACCAAGAGACAAAAAGAAGCAGAAAAACAUUAAGCACAGUGGAAACAUCACUUUUGAUGAAAUUGUCAACACUGCCCAGCAGAUGCGGCAUCAGUCUCUAGUUAGAGAACUUUCUGGAACCAUUAAAGAGAUCCUGGGGACCUCCCAGUCUGUAGGCUGCAAUGCUGAUGGCCGCGACCCUCAUGACAUCAUAGACGACAUCAACAGUGGUGCGGUGGAGUGCUAG